AUGGCUGAAGCAUUGGCCUUGAUUGGCCUUGCGUCGGCAAUCGUCCAGUUCGUCGAAUUCGGGACGAAGCUCUUGAGUCGCUUACAUGAAUUUAGUGACGAUGUUGGGAAUAUGCCAAAGGUGUUUCAAGACACUAAAACUCGACUACCACUAAUCAUCAACACAUUAAAGCGUACCAAGGAACAGGCGGAAGCUGGCACUGUUGCAGGUUCGGUGGCGAGUGCACUUCAUCCUCUAGUCGAUGGGUGCACGGAGCAAGUAGAGCUCUUGUUCAGCAUUGUUGAUAAAAAUCUCCCGUCGGCCAAAGCGAGUACUUGGGAGAGAAGAUUGAAGGCUCUGAAAAGUAUCGCAGUCGACAAGGACGUGCAGAAGAUAAGCGCUUCGCUAGAUCGUAAUGUCCAGGCAUUGAUAUUUCAUCAAACGACGGUCAGGCUCGACAAUAUCACACUAAACACAGCAAAAAGCGCAGACAAAAUCUCUCUAGAGCCGUACUGGGUCGUGCCUUUUCUGCAAAAUCCCAAGUUUGUAGGUCGCUCCUCCGUGAUACAAGAACUCGAGGCAAAACUAGGACAAGAUGUAUUUGGUCGUCGGCUUGCACUGUCGGGACUCGGAGGUGUAGGGAAAUCCCAGGUGGCUGUUGAAAUGGCCUACCGUACAAGAGACAGAUGUUCCGGUUGUUCUGUUUUUUGGGUCCCUGCGACAAGUCCCGAAGCAUUCGAAGCUGCAUAUCUGGAGAUUGGGCGUCAGUUGAACAUAAAUGGCCUUACAGAUCCGGCUGUAGAUGUCAAAUCACUCGUGAAAGCUCGCCUCAGUGAUGAAUCUAUUGGCAAGUGGUUCAUGAUAGUGGACAAUGCGGACGAUCAAAACAUGCUGUUCAAAAACAUUGGCAGCGAAAGGCAACAGGUUACUCUGAUGGACUAUCUUCCCAGGAUAUCGCAUGGUGACAUCUUGUUUACGACACGAAACCGCAAACUAGCUGUGAAGUUGGCAGGAACAAACGUCGUCGCAAUUUCGGAAAUGGACGAAGGCGCAGCGGAGGAGCUCCUGCGCAAGUCCAUUAUUGAUGCUGAUAUUCUAGACGAUUCAGCGGUUACAGCAAGGUUUCUGCGUCAGCUCACUUACCUUCCCCUCGCAAUCGUACAGGCAGCUGCCUACAUUAAUGAAAACAGUAUCUCUGUGGGGGAAUAUUUGGACAUGCUCGAAGGCACGGAAGAAACAGUCGUGGAGCUACUAAGCGAAGACUUCGAAGAUGAUGGAAGGUAUCGCGAGUCAAAAAACCCGGUUGCCACCACGUGGCAGAUCUCGUUCGAACAGAUACGAUCUCGAGACCCAUUGGCCGCCAGAUACCUUUCCUUUAUGGCCUGUUUUGAUCCGAAAAAUAUACCACUUCGUCUGCUCCCUACGGAAAUCUCAAAGAAGAAACAGAUUGACGCUUUCGGGACGUUGAAGGCGUAUUCUUUCCUGACCGUCCGCAGUGAUCAGGGCUUUGACCUUCACCGACUGGUGCAUAUGGCAACCAGGGACUGGUUGUUUAUGGAUGAUUCCCUAGAGGAUUAUACGCAACAGGCGACCGAAAGAUUAGCCGAAGAAUUUCCCACCAGCGAACAUGAUAAAAAAGCCAUUUGGACUGCCCUCAUGCCGCAUGCACAAUAUAUAUUAGCAUCGUCGCUAGCCAUGGAGUCCAAGGAACGGUAUGAGCUGAUGCAGAAGGUAUCACUGUGCCUGUCCGCAGACGGCAAGUAUGAGGAGGCCGCAAGGUUCCAAUCCAUGACAUUAGCUCGGGCUGAGCAGACCCUUGGUCAAGCACAUCCAGAGACAGCGAUACACGUGCAGUUAUUAGCCAAGCUAAUGCAAAGCAUGGGAAAGUAUGAUGAAGCAGUUACACUCAAUAUGCGCGCAAUGGCCGUCUUGGAAAAGGUGCACGGGUCUGACCACACUAGUGUACUCACAACCUUGAACAAUCUGGCCAUGAAUUAUCAAGCCCAGGGUCGGCUCAGUGAGGCGCAAGGGCUUUUCAAGCGAGUAGUCGAGGAAAGUAAGCUCAAGCUUGGUGAAGAGAAUUCCGAGACACUGAAGAGUAUCGGGAAUCUGGCCACUAAUUAUACGACUUUGGGGGACUGGACCCAAGCCGAGGAAAUGCUGUUGAAAGCCAUCGAGGUGUCCAAGCGUAUUAAUGGACUGGAACACCCUGAGACCCUAUUAUACAUGAACAACAUAUCCGUCACGUACAGUUUCCAGCGAAAGCUAGAUCAAGCCGAGGCAAUGGCCAAGCAGACUCUGGAACUCAGAACAAAGGUGCUAGGCCGCGAUCAUCCUGAUACCCUGUUAACCAUCAACAAUCUGGCCUUGAGUUACAUUAACCAAGACCGAUUCGACGAGGCUGAGACGCUAUUCCAGGAAGUGAUUCGGGUUAGUACGAAGCUGCAAGGGAAGGACCACCCGGACACGUUAAUCGCGGUGUCCAAUCUCGCGAGUAUCUAUUUGGCCAAGUCCGACUGGAAGAAUGCGGAAGAGCAGUUUGCCCAAGUGCUGGAAACACGAAGGAGCUUUCUAGGACGAUAUCACAUGAAGACCAUCAACGUUGCGGCUCGUUUAGGCUUCGUCUACCAUGAGAGCGGGCAGACAGAAAAGGCGGAGCAAUUGCGGACGGAAGUAGAGGCUGCGACGCCGGUGCUGAUGAUGCAAGGUAUUGCACCAGCCUGGGUGACAUUCAGGAAGUCAGAUGAUCCAGCUGGGUUUUGGGAAGUUGUUAGGAAGAUAUGCAGCCCCGAGGCACGCAGGCAUGGGAUGCAAGUAUUUACGGGGUGA